CGCGCCUGCCCACGUACGCCUCCUCCCCUCCCACACCCAACCCCAGCGCACCCACAAGAGGAAUAGGAGGAAUCAAUCCGCCCCAUGCCCACAUCCGUCGCCACCCACGCAUCCCUCCUCCUCAAAGCCGCAGCCGCCAAGCCUUGCUUCUCAGCCCGCGCGGCGGCCCGGAUCCCCGCCCCUUCUCACCGUCCUCGCCCGCCCGCUGGCCGUCGCCUGCCGACCACGGUGGCCGCUCUCGCCGCCGCAGCCCGCCGGUUCCGGUGGCCUUCGGCGGCCGCGUCGGCACGGGGGCUGUGCGCCGCGCCGCAUUUCGGCGGAGAGGGGAUGGGAUCUGAUGCGGGGGCGGGGGGCAGGAAGAGGCGGGUGCCAGCGGUGAACGGGCUCGCCAAGGACGCGCCUGCGGUGAACGGGAUGCGCAAGGAGGAGCCCGUGGCCGCGCCUCCCAGGUUGCUCACGCUGCCCACUGUGCUCACCAUUGGCCGCGUCGCUGCUGUGCCUCUUCUGAUCAGCACUUUCUACAUGGAGGGUCCAUGGGCAGCUAUGGCCACAACAGGCAUCUUCCUUGCUGCCGCAGUCACUGAUUGGCUAGAUGGUUAUAUUGCUAGAAAGAUGCAGCUAGGAACACCUUUUGGUGCAUUUCUUGAUCCUGUGGCCGACAAGCUUAUGGUAGCGGCAACAUUAGUUUUGCUAUGCACCAAACCUUUGGAAUCAUCACUGCUCAAUGAUGGGCCAUGGCUUCUAACAGUCCCUUCCAUUGCCAUCAUUGGAAGAGAGAUUACAAUGUCAGCUGUGAGAGAGUGGGCUGCAUCUCAGAAUAGCAAAGUUCUUGAGGCUGUUGCAGUUAACAAUUUAGGGAAGUGGAAGACAGCGACGCAGAUGACAGCAUUGACUCUGCUUCUCGCAAGCAGAGACCCAAGUCUACCUGCGCAAGGCGCUCUAGUUGCCCCCGGUGUUGCUCUACUUUACGUCUCCACGGGACUCGCCGUAUGGUCCCUAGUGGUGUACAUGAGAAAGAUAUGGCGGAUACUGCUCAAAUAGUAUUAGCACAAUAUAUAUAUAGUGUAAUAGAAGAAACAAGCAAGGCGAGCAUCCGUUCGUGAUCGUACAACUUUUGGAAGGCUGUUGGGUGGCCUGAGCCCUAGAGCUGGUUGGGAUCCUCAUUCAUCUGUAACUUGUGCGUCAGUUUUUGGUGGAUUUGCCGCUAAAUUUGCUGAGGCAUGCCAGGAUCCUAUUAGAUUUUUAGAAACAAGACAUGGUGUGACCCUCCGUGCGUAAUGAGAAUUCUUAGAAACAAGAAGACAUGGUGUGGCCCUGCGUGCGUAAUGAGAUACUAGUCUGCGAUGCAGAAGAUUGUAACCUUAUACAAAUACAAUCUGGAGGUUUCUGCGUGUGGAGUUCUACCGUUGUACUCUACACAUAAUAUCAUAAUA